UGAGGAAGGAAGCAGGACGUGCUUAUUUUUUUUCGUUUUCUCCUUACUUCCCCAUUCAUGAAAGUACUAUAAUUUGAACACGUCGAAUUGCUAAUAAUAAAAGUAUCUUUGUCAUUUAAAGACCCUAACCUGGUUAAAGAUGGGGUACAUGACAGUGGAGACUCACACCCAGAAUCUUCUCCACUUGAAGAGGCUGCCUGGUUUGCGUUCCUGGUCUUUGCUUGUUGGAAUAACUUCUGUUGGCCUUGCAGCAGCGUAUUACAGCUCAGAUAGCUGGCUGUGGAAACUUUUCUAUGUGACUGGAUGCUUGUUUGUGGCAAUACAGAACCUGGACGAGUGGGAGGAAGCCACUUUUGACAAAACUAGUGGCCAGGUGAUGCUGAAGUCCUUAAAUCUCUAUACUAAAGUCCUAACCCUAUGGAAGAAGGGUCAAGAACAAGUGGUUGCCGAGCUCAAGCACAUACGUGAUGUCAGCGUGGAGGAGGAGAAGGUGCGGUAUCUAGGAACAGGGUACAUGGUGGUUCUACGCUUUGCCACGGGCUUCUCACAUCCCCUAACACAGAAUGCCACCCUCGGAGGACGCAGUGAUGCAGAUGCUAUAGCUAGGCUUCUGAAACAGUUCUUGGGGCUGGACAAGCUGAAACAGUGGGAUGAUGACUUAGAGAGCAUUGAGAGUGAAGGGACAGACCCAGAGGAAGAAGGGGAACACUGAUCUACACCUGCUCUCCAGCUCUAAAGUUGUCAUCAGGGCAAAAUACAGUGGCUUGUGACCACAGUUUCACGGGGACUGCCAGCCUGCCAACGAGGUGCCAGUCUUUGGUACGUUGAUCUUAAACACUCCAUCAACACUGGUGUGGUCACUCGUACUUUCUGGUAUUAAUACAAAUAUUAAUAUUGCAAGAAAUCAUUUUCCAUUUUCCUAGUAUUUGUAUGGGAGGUGUCCAAGUACAGUAUACUUCUCACUUUCUUUUCUCCUUGUUUAAAAUCUGAUUUUAAACUCAGCCUGUGAUUGGUUUAAAUGGCUAUAUAAAUGACACUUUUUUCCCAGCCUGUUUGUAUUGUUUUGUGCUGACCUCCCAGGUUUGAUCCCGUCCUGUAAUUUCCUCUUUGAAUGAAAAGCACAGAGAGUGAUCACAUUGCCCAGCAGCUCUCUCAAUGACAUCAAGGGAAGAGGAAGCAAUUUGAGAUAGAGUACUGCAAAAUACUCACUCCAGUGUCCAACUGAAGAGGGAAGGAAUGGAAAUUGUGCCUGCUACAGAAUGUGUGCUUGCUAUGUAAUUACCACAAGCUUACAUUGUUUAUUUGUGCAUUUGAGGCAAUAGGCUGGCUCUAUUGCCAAAUAUGAGAAAACACAUUUUGUUACCUUUUGGUUCGAUGUCUAAUUGAAACCUACAAGGUCAGUAUUUUUAAUUAUUUUAAACAAUUUAUUUCAAAAGAAGUAUUUAGUUUUUAGAUAAAUUUGUACAAUAGUCUGUGGGAACUGGCAUCCCAUCUAAGGCGUGUCCUGCCUUGCUUGCUUGGAUAGGCUCCGGCUCCCCAGCAAAUUGGAUGAAGCACCUAGGAAGUGGAUGGUUGGUUUCGUACAAUACAUCUGGUGUAGCAAAAUGCAGACUUGGAAAAUUAGGUCGGAUUUCUGUACUUUUUAUUUGUAGUUUUUCUAUAUGUGAUCUAACAAAAAAAAUAAAAGUGUAGAUUUAAAAUGCA